AUGGAGCUCCUGCGCCUUCUCUUACAGCAUCCGUAUGUCGUUGCUACAGUCACCACCUCGUUUUACGUGGUCUUGACCGCGAUAUACCGUCUCUUCCUGUCCCCCAUUGCUCACUUUCCCGGGCCUCGUCUCGCUGCGCUGACGGGGGCUUACGAGUUCUACUGGGAGGCCAUCCGCAAUGGACGCUACACUUUCCAUAUUGGCGACUUGCACAAGAAAUACGGUCCCAUCGUCCGUAUCAGCCCGACCGAACUGCACGUCAGCGACCCGGACUACUACGAGGUCAUCUACUCGCGCGACAGUCCUCGCAACAAAUAUCCCUACUACCAACGCACGUUGAAUGCGCCAAAUGCCUUUAUCAAUCUCGAAGACCAUUACCAUCACCGGCUGCUCCGUUCCCAGCUGAACCCGUUCUUCUCCAUCAUGCGCAUCCGGCAGCUUGAGCCCGCACUGAAGAAACUCGUUGACAAACUCUGUUGCAGGUUGGAGGAGUUUAAGAAUACAGGCACGCCUGUCACCAUCGAGUAUGCUCUCACCUGCUACGCGACCGACGUUAUCACCAACUACACCAUGGGCGAUGGGUACCACUACCUCGACGAGCCAGACUUCAUCCCCCAGUGGUCCCAUAUGAUUAAAGGCGCUGGAAAAACCAUGACCUACUUUCGGCCGAUCGGUUUCCUUAUGCCUCUGUUUGUGGCCCUACCCGAGUCUGUCACCGCGUGGUUGAAUCCCGGGAUGGACCUGUUCUUCGCCUACCAGCGCCGCUGCCAGCAAAUAAUCGCCGAUAUCUCGAAGAAAUUCUACGAAGGGGAACAACGGGAUGCCAAAGGCGGUCCUGAGAAUAUUUUCGAGAAUAUCCUAGCUAGCAACUUACCCGAGAAAGAAAAGAGCCAGGACCGGCUGUGGCAGGAUAUGCAGAUUUUUGCGGCGGCUGGUGCGGAAACCACGGCCAAGGCGAUGUGCUAUACACUGUUCUAUCUGCUUAACCAGCCGGAGAUAUUGCAGAACUUGAAGGAGGAAUUGGCUCCGUUAGGCGAUGAUCCGAGUCUUCUUCAGCUAGAGCAACUGCCUUAUCUUACCAGCAUCAUGCUUGAGGGCAUCAGACUAUCAUAUGGUGUCACUGCGCGUAUCCCUCGCAUCGCGCCGUAUAACACUCUGAAGUACAAGGACUGGACCAUUCCGCCGGGAACCCCAAUAAGCAUGAGCUGCCUGUUAAUGCACCACGACGAGGCCGUCUUCCCAGACUCGUACGCCUUCAAACCAGAACGCUGGGUCGACCCUACCGAGCGUAAGCGGCUGGAGAAAUACUUGGUUGCGUUUACAAAAGGGUCGCGCCAGUGCAUCGGCAUGCAUCUUGCCCGCUCUGAAAUCCUCCUCGUUAUUUCAACCUUGAUCCGCCACUUCAGGUUUGAGCUGUUUGAGACGACUAUUGAGGAUGUUCGGGUUAUUCAUGAUAUCUUUAUUCCGUCUGUGCGCAUGGAUAGUAAGGGUGUGCGUGUUUUGAUCAAGGAUUGA